AUGAAUCCUCCUUCACAACACCUCGACCCCGUCCACUCCUCCUCCCUCUCCACCCCCUCCACGUCGUCCCGCAAGCGAUCCCGCGAGAAUGAGACUCCUAGCCAGAGACACAAGCGUGAAAAGGCCGCCGAGCGCCAACGUCGCAAACGCGAGCGAGAUCGACAGGCUGGCAUGAACAAUAUCCUUGCCCUGUCGCAGGUUCAGCAGCAGCAGCAACAACACCAGCAGCAACAGCAAUUACAACCACAACCACAAGCAAUCCCGCAGCAGCCGCUCCCUCCUCCCGGCAGUACCCCUGUCCCCGUCCCGAUGAACGUUGCCGUGUCGGUCGAAGCCCAGGCGGCGGCAGCGGCAGCGGCGGCGGCCCUUGCAGCGGACUAUGCAAACGCAGACGACGGUUCAUCGACGUCUGUCUCUCAGGACGAGAUAGCAAAGCGGGAGCGUGUGCGUGCAGCGGCGCGAGAGCGGCAGCGCAAGCACCGUGCGCUCGUCAAGGCACGCAAGAUGCGCGAACUCGGCAUGGACAUGGGUAACGAGAUCCUCGCGGGCAUCGAAGAUGUCCAAUACCGCCUCGAUGCGGAGGGUGCGUACCAGCCCAUGCUCCCACACGAGAUGCCCCCACACCACACACAUCCCCCUCAUCCCCACGGCCUUCCUGAGCCACACUUCCCCCAGCAGGCCCCGGGCGGACAGAUGUUUGCGUCCACCCUUCUGCUGUCGUUUUCGUGCGCACCAUUGCUCAAGCAGCAUCUCCUGCGCACGCUGCACAUGACGAAUGACGAACUGGCAUCUCUCGAACCUAUCAUUGCCCAGGCAUGGGAGCAUUGGGAUCAGCAGCGCCGGAUGCACCAAUACCAUCAUCCAGCCAACGGGCAUAAGGCUCCUGAUGGCACACAGCCCCAGGUUGACCCAUCAGCACCCCCCUAUGCUCCUCCCGGGAUGGCGUACGUGCAUGAUCCGUCACAACCGCCUGCUGCGCCACCAGACGACUUUCGUGCUCGCUUUCAUCGACCUCUUGUAGCACCUUCACCGUUCCGAUCCGCGCUCGAGUCUGCACAGGGAGCAAAUGCCUCCGUGCCAGGAGGUGGAGGCGGAGAUACGAUUGAUCCGGCAAGCACAACGGGGGGCGAAGGUUCACGGCCUGCAUCGUUAUUGGGUGUGGGAAGCCUUGACCCAGCCCUUGGGCAGGCUCGAGAUGAAGCUGCGGGUGUAGCGGGAAAGCUGGAACGAUCAUGA